ACAGGAUUUAUUUUGUGUUCCAGGUUAACGUUCAGAGCACACAGCGACACCCAGAGACGCCCGUCAACGUCGCAGGAUUCCACUUCCCCUCCAAGAAACCCGUGGACGGCGUGAACGUCCAACGGACUCAAACAGAGACGAAGACGUCAAACAGCGACGAGUUCAACAGCUUCCAGUUCUGGAGGGCGCCGCUGCCGCCCAUCGACAGCGAGCUGCUGGAUCUGCUGGAUCCCGUGGAGGCUCUGAAUUCAAAGAACACGCGGACGGACACCAGGACAGACAUGCGAACGGACACGAAGACGUCUUCUGUGGCGGCCGACGGCGACGAGUUCAACAGCUUCCAGUUCUGGAGAGAGCCGGUGGCGUCCAUCGACGGCGAGCUGCUGGAUCUGCUG